AUGAGGCCAAGUAGUGGUAAGGAUGAACACUUAUUUUCUAAAGCACAGAAGCGCUCUAAUCAUAACGUCGAUGGGGAUAACUACAACAACUGCUCGAUCAGGCCAACUGUUUCUUCAUGUAAACGGAAGUUAAGUUCAUCGCCUCCCGCUACGAAUGAUCGAACAAUGGAGGGGUUUUCGAAUGGCAGUCCUACGGCGCCCAAGUGUUGUGUUCAGCCAUCGCCGGCGAAGCGUGUUUGCCAAAACAGUUCUCAGCCAGAGGCACAAAUGAUUGCUGCAACGGUUUCGAGCAUUGCACCAAAUCAGGCUGCAACAAUUGCGCUCGUGAAUAAUGUUCAGUCUGUACAAGCCUCUGGAGAUGCUGUCUCUGCUUUAGCAGCCGAACUAGUACCACCCCAACCUCCUGUGGCAUCAGAUUUCGAUCGUUCGAAUUCGGGUAAACUGGAGCAAGUAAUUGAGCAUGUGCUUGAACUGGCCCGGAGCGAUGAACCACAUGAGGACGUUUUUGUUCUACCCGUUCGGACUCGGGAAUUCAUUCCAAUGCCCUCACCAAUAAACCAAGGAAGUACUCCCAGUUCCAGUCUUAACACAUCGCCCCCCGGCUCCCCUUCCAGUUCACCCCGUCUUAUUUCUCCCGCAUUUUCAAAUUCCACUGUUUCCUCCAACCCAAUGGUCAUCACAGCUCAUACAUUUCCCAGGUGUACACCAGUAGAUCAAGUUCCAUCCGGGAUUCCACUACAUCAAUGCUCCGCACCCACUGCGCCACCUGCUGCACUUACUGACUUACAACGAGAGAAGUUGCGUUUGCAAGCUGUACGCGAGUCUAAUGUGCAGGUGUCCGGGACGAACGCGCCGCCUACAGUUACAAUGUUGAUGAAAACUACUGCGACUGCAGAUUCCCUUGAAACGUCUUUCAUGCAGUCCAAGGGAAUAACCCAGAGUGGUUACUUUGAUUCUUCAGGUGCGAAUAUUCAAUCACAGGGGUGCGUUCCACGACAGAUUCUCUCAAAGGUGUCCAUGGCCGUCGCGGAGACAAAAAUACUCCCAGUCCAGCAGCCGGAAAUGCAGAAGCAGCAAAUAAAUCAGCAAAAUCAAAAUCUCCAGCCAAGACUGUUUGCGUACAUCCCUCAACGCCAAAUUUAUGACUCGGCAAACUCAGUUUUUACCGUUCCCACCAGUGUUCAACCCAGACCGAACAUAUCACCUCAACUCGCUGUGAAAAAGGAUUCCACUGUAGAAUUCACAAAUCAAAUCAACUUUCCUCCCCAUGGAACCGCAACUUCCAACGGUGUUACUCAAGUGGUCCCCUCUGUUAAGCAGCCUGGUUUAACUCCCGUUCAUACAAUGCAGUACUCGGACUCGUCUCCCAAAUCUGCUCUUGGAACAGUUCCAGCGAGGAAGCGCCCCCCUUCGUCUUCGAAGAGAAAAAAGUCGGCACCGGGUCACCAAAAUAUACCCCAGGGAACUAAGGUGUCGAUUCCUGCCGGUCCCAUGACCUUUGUUCGGAAUCCUCUUGUAGCUCCUCAAGGUAUGGAGUUUGCGCAGCAAGUGCAGCCACCCCUACGGCAACCGACAGCAUCGCAGGAAGCCAUGAAUAAGCUGGUUUAUUUCGACUCAAAGAAGUUUUUGUCCGAUCCAACUUUGGAGGCAUUUGCGUCUGCUCUUCCUCCAAUGGGCAGUCCCACAUGCUCCACGCUGCCACUAGGUGAUGAAUCCUGGCUUACUAAUUGCGGAAUAAAGUACAGAUGCAGUGGCCUCGCUCUGAAGGCCGUCUGCCCUUCUGACAUUGGUGACACUCCGGCGGAAUUGAGUGAUCUUUAUCUCUACCAAUUUCUGCCACAGGCUCUAACUCAUCCAACAGUACAGCGCGCUACUCACAUUGCAAAAACACCCGAAAUCCCAUCUCGCAUUUGUGUGUCUCCCGAACCAGUGACUCUGGAUAAUCGAAUGAGGUCUUUUUGGACGACACUGCGACACAGUGAUUCCCCAGGUGCAACAGACACUGGUUCUGUUGUUGAUAGUAAUGAUUCGUGUUCAAUUUUGUUGAUGCUGAAGACGCCUUGUUCACCAUGCGAGGGCCCGACAGAAAGUAGAACUCCUCCUCUUCAACUUUAUCAUAUUCCCAACACCUGUUUGCUUAAAGCCACACAGCCAUCUCAUCGGAGUUCCAAUGCCACUGACGCUUCCUCGAUUGAUAGUGAAAUUGGCGAAUCGGUCGGAAGUAGUCACGAGAAGCUGUCUUCACUAAGUCAUGAAGUCAAACCCGAUUCUCGCAUAGUUUUUGGUGUCAGUUCCUCUCACUUCGAAGAUGUUCCGAGGCUUCUUCAGUAUUUGUGUGACCAGGUUGGGAUCAGCCAAAGUUACGUUACGUACAGUAAGGGUGAGAUCAGCAUCCAAAAUCCAGAAGGCACCUCACAUUCCGAGGACCGAUUGCGCGAGUUUGGGAAUCAAUUGAAAAUAUACUUUUCACAUGUAUCUGUUCGAGUUGAGCCGCUGGCGUCAAUUGGUGCCAAAGCCGAAGAAAGUAGCGAUAUUUCAAGUCAGAUUAAGUUUUUUGCUGAGCUGCAGAAGGAGAAGGCUGACGAUUUUAUGCAAACUUCGAUGGCUUCUAAGCACAGGGAGGAGGUGCUUAGCGUCGCCUCCAUUGCAUCUUCGAAAAGGCUGACCGGUGAGAGAUGCCGAAUUUGUCACUCCCUUGUACCCCGAGACUCCGGGCUGAGGCGGAAGUUGGAUGAAUUAGUCCCUAUACCUCCUGUCUUGACAGUAGAUCAUGGAUACCACGCUUCCGACUGUUUUGUUUUUUGUAGCGAGAUGUGUCUGAACAAAUUUGUCGACUUUAUUUCUUCUCACUCUCUCUCUGCUCACAUUACGCAAGUCAAUAGCAAUGCUCUCGAACAGGCGGUUUCGGUGACCGAGUCUCGCCAACACCCCCAGCAACUCGUUUUUGGCAGCGUGCCAGGUUCCAUUCCCGUCCUUCUUCAGCAUCUGCCGCACAAGAGCCUUAAGUCUCAGGCUGGUGGGCGCAGGAGUUCCUCACUUUCCAUGGGUAAGCGAAAAGUUUCUCCCAAGCAGAAGCGAUGGCGUGAUGUGCGUUGGCGCAUAUACAAAUCCGACGUAUAUCAUGCGCGAAAGUUUGCCAAUGUAUCACACACGCUCAUUGAAGGCGAGUCGCAAACCCCCCGGCUCCUAUGCACGGUCAUUCGUGAUCCUGAGGUUCCUGAUACACGUUCGUGCAUUCUCUGCGGUGCCAAGGGAGAUGGCAGUGUUUCUACGACGGAACGUCUUCUUUGCCUCGGUCCUGAUCGGUGGGUGCACCUAAACUGUGCACUUUGGUGUUACGACAUUUAUGAAUCGGUGAGUGGUUCUUUGCACAGGGUGGAUGAAAGCAUCGAACGCGCAUUGAAGACUAGCUGUUCACACUGCGGGAAAUUGGGUGCCGGCCUUCCUUGCUACAAUCCAAGAUGCUCUCUUGUCUACCAUGUUCCUUGCGCCAUCAGCGUCGGAUGCAUGUUCUUCACUGAUCGUGGAAUGUAUUGUACGAGUCAUCAACCGCGCGACUCCCAUCCAAUGCAGCUAACUUCACUGGUAGUAAAUAGAAAGGUCUACGUUACCCGGGACGAGAGUUCACAAGUGGCCGAUGUUGUUCGGGAUGAUACCCGUGCCUACCGAAUUAGGAUUGGAAGCCUCAUUCUGAACAGUGUGGGGCAACUUCUGCCUCGCCAAAUCGAAAGUCGUCACUUCCAUACACAGAAGUACAUUUACCCUGUGCACUAUUCAUCUACUCGAAUUUACUGGUCUAUGCGACGUCCUGGUCAGCGUGCAUUGUAUCAUUGUAAGAUCAAAGAGCAAGAAGGUCGGCCACUCUUUCAGGUCACAGCUGUUGAUAAGGGCCUUCCAGAUGUCGUACUUCAAAAUGUUAGUUGCAAUGACUUGUGGAAGGGAAUUGCAACAAAGAUCCAGCAGCUCCGAAGAGAGAAUGGUUUGAUACAGAACUUCCCUGACUUAAUUUGCGGUGAAGAUAUGUUUGGUCUAUCUGAGCCGCAUAUUGUUCGGGCUAUCGAAUCUCUGCCUGGAGUUGACAAUCUCGUUGACUAUGCCUUUCAUUUCGGUCGCUUGCAGCUCAUUAAAGGUAUGCCACUGGCCGUCAACCCUUCCGGUUGCGCGCGUUCUGAACCAAGCUUUCUCACUUCUCUUCGACGUAGGAGGGCUUGUGCAGGCUCUCAUGAGAAGUCUCCCAUGAAAUCAGUUUGUUGCCAAUUUAGAAAUCUCGGACGUCAAUCAUCCGGGAUUUUUCCUAUUACCAACUUGCCUUCCGCUUCUGAGCCAUGGAGCCGCAUUUCCAUAGAUCUGACAAUGCCGAAGAAUUCCACACUUGUGAGCUGGUCACAUCAGUACCGACGCUUGAGGAGUGAAUUUCAUAAUAACGUCUCCUUUGGUAGAUCGCGCAUUCAGGGUUUCGGGUUGUUUGCGGCCCAAGAUUUGGAGCCAAACACAAUUGUUAUUGAGUACAUCGGAGAGCUCAUUCGACUGGAGUUGGCUAACAAACGAGAAAAGGAGUAUGAGGCGCGCAAUCGAGGGAUUUACAUGUUCCGACUGGAGGACAACAUGGUCAUCGAUGCCACUAUGUGUGGGGGAUUAGCGCGCUACAUAAAUCACUCGUGCCAGCCCAAUUGUUUUACCAAGUAUGUUAACUUUGACAACGAGGGACAUAUUGUGAUUAUUACCAAGAGAAAGAUAGAGAAGGGUGAAGAAUUGACCUACGACUAUCAGUUUGACUUUGAAGAUCGGACAAGCAAGAUACCUUGUCUCUGUGGUGCAGUCGGUUGUCGAAAAUGGAUGAACUGA